AAGGCCCUCCCCUUCCCCUGAAACCUACUCACAGUCCCACCCUCUUUCCUAGUACUUCCUGUUCCUUGCUAACCCUGGCUUGGGGGCCCGGGGCCGAAGAGUGACCGUACCCUGACUGACCUAGAGCGGCUGUGCGGAUCGGAACGGGUCGCAAAGCGAGACACCAGGCGGGAGGCGCGGCGGAAGGCCGGCGCGCAGCCUGCUUGGGAUCCCGGCGGGCGGCGGGGCUGGGGCUGAAUCCUAUCUCAGGAUGCCGGGGGUGGAGGAGGAGCGGGCCUUCCUGCAGGCGCGCGAGGAACUGGCAAGCGCUCUGAGAAGCGAUUCCGGGCAGGCGUUUUCCCUGGAGCAGCUCCGGCCGCUCCUGACCACCUCUCUGCCGCCAGCUGCCCGCUAUCUGCAGCUGGACGCUGCACGUCUGGUCCGCUGCAAUGCUCAUGGGGAGCCCUGCAACUACCUCAGCAGCCUGUCCACAGCCCUGAACAUCCUGGAGAAAUAUGGCCGCAACCUCCUGAGCCCUCAGCGGCCCCGGUACUGGCGUGGGGUCAAGUUUAAUAACCCUGUCUUUCGCAGUACGGUGGAUGCUGUUCAGGGGGGCCGGGAUGUGUUGCGAUUGUAUGGCUACACAGAGGAGCAGCCAGAUGGGCUGAGCUUUCCUGAAUGUCAGGAGGAGCCAGAUGAACACCAGGUUGCUACAGUCACACUGGAUGUACUGCUGCUUCGUACAGAGCUCAGCCUGCUGCUGCAGAAUACUCACCCACGACAGCAGGCACUGGAGCAGCUGCUGAAAGACAAAAAUGAAGAUGAUAUGCUGCAGCUUUCAGAGUUCACCCCCCUACUGAGAGAGAUUGCUCCUGGCCCCCUCACCACACCCUUAGCCCCAGGCUGCACUCCUGGUCCCUGCUUCCUCUGUGGUUCUGCCCCAGGCACACUGCACUGCCCAGCCUGUAAACAGACCUUGUGCUCAGCCUGUGACCGUCUCUUCCAUGGGCACCCAUCCCGUGCCCAUCACCUCCGCCAGACCCUGCCUGUGACCCCCCAGGCCACCAACCUAAUCCCCAGCUUAUCCACCCUAGCCCCACCAAGGCCCCAGUUGACCUCUGUGCUGGCCCUGGGAAAUGGUGCUCUUCCUUCCCCUGAUCCUGCAAGUGCCUGUCUGCCCUGGCAAUGUGCUGCCUGUACCAUGCAAAAUAAGCCUUGGACAGUACUCUGUGUGGCCUGUGAGCGGCCCCGAGGCUGUAAGGGGUUGGGGCUGGGGGUUGAGGGUUCCCAAGGAGCUGAGGGCCUAGAACCUGAGCUUGCACGGGGCCGGUGGACCUGCCAGAGCUGCACCUUUGAGAAUGAAGCAGCAGCUGUGCUGUGUGCCAUAUGUGAGCGACCUCGGCUGGCCCAGCCUCCCAGCUUGGUGGUAGAUUCCCAUGAUGCUGGCAUUUGCCUGCAGCCCCUUCAGCAGGGAAAAACUGUGUUCUCCUCUCCCCAGACUCAAGUUUGGUCCUGUAUCCACUGUACCUUCUGCAACUCGGGCCCCGGCUGGGUGUGUGCUGUGUGCAACCGCACCAGCGGUCCCAUGCCAGCCCAGCUUACCCCUCAGCCCCAUGCCAGCUCUUUGGAAGAGAGACCCUCUGAACCUGGGCCCCCACGAUGCCUCAGCACCCCCCUGCCCAGCUCCUGUGGGGAUCCUGAGAAGCAGCGCCAAGACAAGAUGCGAGAGGAAGGUCUCCAGCUAGUGAGGAAGAUCCGGGAAGGGGAAGCUGCAGGCGCCCGUCCAGAAGAGAUCUUCUCCGCUCUGCAGUACUCAGGCACUGAGGUGCCCCUGCAGUGGUUGCGUUCAGAACUGCCCUACGUUCUGGAGAUGGUGGCCGAAUUGGCUGGACAGCGGGACCCAGGGCUGGGGGCCUUUUCCUGUCAGGAGGCCCGGAAAGCCUGGCUGGAUCGUCAUGGCAACCUUGAUGAAGCUGUGGAAGAGUGUGUGAGGGCCCGGCGGAGGAAGGUGCAAGAGCUUCAGUCCUUGGGCUUUGGGCCUGAGGAAGGGUCUCUACAGGCACUGUUUCAGCAUGGGGGUGAUGUGGCACGGGCCCUGACUGAGCUCCAGCGCCAGCGCCUUGAGCCCUUCCACCAGCGCCUCUGGGACAGUGGCCCUGAGCCCACCCCAUCUUGGGAUGGGCCAGAUAAGCAGAAACUGGUUAGACGGUUGUUGGCAGUCUAUGCACUCCCCAGCUGGGGCCGGGCGGAGCUGGCACUGUCGCUGCUGCAGGAGACACCAAGGAACUAUGACUUGGGGGACGUGGUGGAAGCUGUGAGGCACAGCCAUGACCGGGCCUUCCUGCGCCGCUUGCUGGCCCAGGAGUGUGCCGUAUGCAGCUGGACCCUGCCCCGCAACCGGAUGCAGGCCCUGACUUCCUGUGAGUGUACCAUCUGUCCUGACUGCUUCCGCCAGCACUUCACCAUCGCUGUGAAGGAGAAGCACAUCACGGACAUGGUGUGCCCUGCCUGUGGCCGCCCUGACCUCACCGAUGACACACAGUUGCUCAGCUACUUCUCUACCCUUGACAUCCAGCUUCGGGAAAGCCUAGAGCCAGAUGCCUAUGCAUUAUUCCACAAGAAGCUGACUGAGGGUGUGCUGAUGAGGGACCCCAAGUUCUUGUGGUGUGCUCAGUGCUCCUUUGGCUUCAUCUAUGAGCGGGAACAGCUGGAGGCAACAUGUCCCCAGUGUCAACAGACCUUCUGCGUGCGCUGCAAGCGCCAGUGGGAGGAGCAGCACCGAGGCCGGAGCUGUGAGGAUUUCCAGAACUGGAAACGUACCAAUGACCCAGAAUAUCAGGCCCAGGGCCUGGCCAUGUAUCUUCAGGAGAAUGGAAUUGACUGCCCCAAGUGCAAUUUCUCAUACGCACUGGCCCGAGGAGGCUGCAUGCACUUUCACUGCACCCAGUGCCGCCACCAGUUCUGCAGUGGUUGCUACAAUACCUUUUAUGCCAAGAAUAAAUGUCCGGAUCCUAACUGCCGAGUGAAAAAGUCCCUGCAUGGCCACCACCCUCGAGACUGCCUCUUCUACCUGCGUGACUGGACUGCUCCCCGGCUCCAGAAGCUGUUACAGGACAAUAAUGUCAUGUUUAAUACAGAGCCUCCAGCUGGGGCCAGGGCAGUUCCUGGAGGUGGCUGCCGAGUGAUGGAGCAGAAAGAGGUUCCUAAUGGGCUCAGGGAUGAAGCCUGUGGCAAGGAGACCCCAGCUGGCUAUGCUGGCCUCUGCCAGGCACACUACAAAGAGUAUCUUGUGAGCCUCAUCAAUGCCCACUCGCUGGAUCCAGCUACCCUGUUUGAAGUGGAGGAGCUGGAGACAGCCACUGAGCGCUACCUGCACGUGCAACCCCAGCCAUUGGCUGGAGAGGAUAUCCCUGCUUACCGUGCCCGCUUGUUACAGAAACUGACGGAAGAAGUGCCCUUGGGACAGAGUAUCCCCCGCAGGAGGAAGUAGUUGAAGACAACGGCCCUGAUGAGGGGCCAUCUCCCUCAGGAACAGCUCCAGCACCAAUAAAGAGGCAUCUCCUUGCCCAGG